AACUAACUAACUACAACAUCUAAGCAAUAGACACCAUUAAUAAUAGAUGAAUAGAUUGUUUGGAUCGAAGAGCACAGUGCCUAAACCAUCAUUGAAUGAUGCUGUUAAAAACUUAGAUGAAAGAGUAGGAGCCUUAGAUGUUAAGCUAACGAAGAUAAAUGCCGAACUAUCGACUUAUCAACAGAAGAUAAGCAGAAUAAGAGAUGGACCUGGAAAGAAUGCUUUGAAACAAAAAGCUUUGAAGUUAUUGAGACAAAGGAAACAGAUUGAGGCCCAAAAGGAUCAAUUAGAAAAUCAAUCAUGGAAUAUGACCCAAGCUCAAAUGACUACUGAUAAUUUACAAAAUACCAUGAUAACAAUAGAUGCUAUGAAGACAACAAAUAAAGCAUUAAAAAAGACAUAUGGUAAGAUAGAUAUUGAUAAGAUUGAAGAUUUACAAGAUGAAAUGUUAGAUUUAAUCGAAAAAUCUAAUGAUUUACAAGAAGCAUUACUGACAUCUUAUGAUGUACCUGAUGAUAUAAGUGAAAGUGAACUUGAUGCUGAAUUAGAUGCUUUAGGAGAAGAAAUGGAUUUUGAGAGUGAAUUGGCUGAAAGUGGAGCAGGAGUUCCCAGUUAUUUGGAUCAAGUGGGCACUGAUAAUUUACCCACAUUCAUUGAUGAGCAGCCUAAUGAAGAAUCAGCAUCUAAGAUUGCUGAAUAAAUAUUAUUAUAUAUACAUUUAUACUAAUUA